GCCGAAAUCUAAACCGGAGUUGGGAAUAGAAAUGAGGAGUAAUCAGCGAAUAACCCAGUCUCAUCACUAGGGUUUUGCGAGUUUCACAGAAGCAAAUCAGGCGAGCGAUAAACAAUGAGUCGGAGUUUGGGCAUACCGGUGAAGCUACUACACGAGUCGUCGGGUCACAUCGUAACGGUGGAGCUAAAAAGUGGAGAGCUUUACAGAGGAAGCAUGGUCGAGUGCGAGGAUAACUGGAAUUGCCAGCUCGAGAACAUCACCUUCACUGCUAAAGAUGGAAAGGUUUCACAGCUUGAGCAUGUUUUCAUUCGAGGCAGUAAAGUCAGGUUCAUGGUUAUACCGGAUAUGUUGAAGAAUGCUCCUAUGUUCAAACGCUUGGAUGCUAAGAUCAAGGGUAAGAGCUCUUCUCUUGGAGUUGGCAGAGGUAGAGCUGUUGCAAUGCGAGCCAAAGCGCAAGCUGCUGGCCGUGGCACAACAUCCGGCAGAGGUGCUGUGCCAUCUAUUCGUAGAUAACUUGGUCUCAUGAUUUGCUUUCCGAUCUCGUCUGUUAGGAGCAGCAGCAUAUUUUAUGUAAGGAUCCGUAUUUGAUGUAAACGUUGAAAUUAGAUAGAUGUUAAGGUGCCUGGAACCAAAUGUUGUGUUCAAAUUGAAAUACCAAAUUCU